AUGGUCAAAAGAACAGUCGCCACCAAUGGAGACGCGUCUGGCGCUCAUAGAGCAAAGAAAAUGUCUAAAACUCAUGCUUCUCAUAUCAUAAACGCUCAAGAAGACUACAAGCAUAUGUACUUAAGUGUCCAACCAUUGGAUAUAUUUUGCUGGGGUACUGGUUCUAUGUGUGAGCUUGGGUUGGGUCCACUAGCCAAAAAUAAGGAAGUUAAAAGACCAAGGUUAAACCCAUUUUUACCUCGCGAUGAGGCCAAGAUCAUUUCUUUUGCAGUCGGUGGUAUGCACACCUUAGCCCUUGAUGAAGAAAGCAAUGUAUGGUCCUGGGGUUGCAAUGACGUGGGUGCGUUGGGCAGAGAUACUUCCAACGCCAAGGAACAACUCAAGGACAUGGACGCCGAUGACUCAAGUGAUGACGAAGAUGGUGAUUUGAACGAAUUGGAAUCUACGCCCGCUAAAAUCCCAAGAGAGUCAUUUCCUCCCUUAGCGGAGGGACACAAGGUCGUGCAAUUGGCAGCUACAGACAAUAUGAGUUGCGCCCUGUUCAGCAAUGGCGAGGUAUACGCAUGGGGUACUUUCCGUUGCAAUGAAGGUAUCCUAGGGUUUUACCAAGAUAAAAUUAAAAUUCAAAAAACUCCAUGGAAAGUGCCUACAUUCUCUAAGUACAAUAUUGUCCAAUUAGCUCCCGGUAAGGAUCACAUACUUUUCUUAGAUGAAGAGGGUAUGGUGUUCGCCUGGGGUAACGGUCAGCAAAACCAAUUAGGAAGAAAAGUUAUGGAAAGGUUCCGUUUAAAGACUUUGGAUCCCAGACCAUUUGGGUUAAGACAUGUAAAAUACAUCGCAUCUGGCGAAAACCAUUGCUUUGCUUUAACAAAAGACAACAAGUUAGUAAGCUGGGGGUUGAAUCAGUUUGGUCAAUGUGGUGUUUCAGAGGAUGUGGAAGACGGUGCGCUUGUUACAAAGCCAAAAAGACUAGCGCUACCUGAUAACGUUGUUAUCAGAAGCAUUGCUGCUGGUGAACAUCACUCAUUGAUCCUAUCCCAAGAUGGCGAUUUGUAUUCGUGUGGUAGACUAGACAUGUUUGAAGUUGGUAUCCCAAAAGACAAUUUACCCGAAUAUACUUACAAAGAUGUUCAUGGAAAAGCACGUGCCGUGCCACUUCCAACUAAGUUGAAUAAUGUUCCGAAGUUCAAAAGCGUUGCGGCGGGGUCUCACCAUUCAGUCGCGGUAGCUCAAAAUGGCAUUGCCUAUUCUUGGGGUUUUGGUGAAACCUACGCCGUUGGAUUAGGCCCUUUUGAGGACGACACUGAAGUUCCAACCAGAAUCAAGAAUACUGCUACACAGGAUCAUAACAUCAUUUUAGUCGGGUGUGGAGGCCAAUUUUCCGUGUCUGGUGGUGUUAAGCUGUCUGAUGAGGACGCAGAAAAGAGAGCGGAUGAAAUGGAUGAUUAA